UGUGCCGAUGAGACUACUAGUCAAUCAUCUGAAUAUAUGAGAAUCAAAUUUAACCUACAAAACUCACCCAAACUCACAAGCAAACCUCUCUGAUCGAUCAUCAUAUGGAUCUAAUUUGCUAUUCUUGUCAACAUUUUUCAUAUUUGAUGGUGAUGACCAUUUUAUUGUUUAUGAUUUAUAUCCCAUAUUCAUUUUCGCUAGAGUUUGAUUACUCAGUUCUAGAUCAAGAUAAAUUAGAUAAUAGUACCUUAAUAAGAGAAGGAAAUGCUACAGUCUCGGGUUCAGAAAUACAUCUGACACAAAACCAAGAGGACCAGAUUGGGCAGUUGAAGUAUUUUGAAUACUUGCAACUUUGGGACAGAGCCUCUGGAAGAGCAGCGGAUUUCACAACCAGUUUCUCCUUUAUCAUCUAUUCGCCAAAUGAGAGUUUACAUGGAGAUGGGUUGGCUUUCUUCCUUGCACAGCCUCCAUUUGGAGUCCCCAAUAGGACGGAUGGCAGUCGUCUUGGGUUAAUCAAUACCGAUGAUCAACCUUUCUCAACUACACAGAAAUUCGUUGCUGUGGAGUUUGAUACUUUUGCAAAUAAGGAUUUGGACCCGCAAAACGUUGCCGAACAUGUAGGUAUCGACAUCAACUCCUUGGUUUCAAACACCACUACAUCUUGGUCUUGUAAUAUCACUGCCCGGAAGGUGUACAAUGCUACUAUAAGUUACACUUCUGGAACAAAAAAUCUUAGUGUUUCCUUCACCGGAUAUAAAGAGGAUGUUCCCUUUCUGCAAAAUCUUUCUUAUGAAAUUGAUUUAACAAUAUACUUACCGGAGAAGGUUACUUUUGGCUUCUCAGCUGCUAAUGGAUUUUUCACUUCCACACACAUUCUUCGUUCAUGGUCUUUCCAUUCCAGUGACUUCACAAGCAAGAAUUCUAAGAUAGGAUUGGUCAUUGGGUUGAGCAUAGGUGUUUCUGUUUUUAUUGGAGCUUUAGGUUUGAUUUCUUUUGGUGUAUGGAAGCGGAAGAAGAAGAAGAGUAUCACAGAUCAAGAAGGAGAAGAUGAUGAUGAAUUGGGUAUUGAUCUGUUAAUGGACAAUGAUUUUGAGAGGAACAGUGGAGCUAAGAGGUUUUCCUAUGAUGAUUUAGUCACGGCAACAAUGAACUUUUCAGAGGAAGAGAAACUUGGACAAGGAGGCUUCGGUUGGGUUUAUAGAGGUUUUCUGAAAAACAUGAACUCGUAUGUAGCUAUAAAGAAGAUAUCCACCAAAUCUCAACAGGGGAUAAAAGAGUAUGCAUCCGAGGUGAAGAUCAUCAGCCGACUGAGACACAGAAAUUUAGUGCAACUCAUCGGUUGGUGCCACAGAAAGAAAGAUCUACUCCUCAUCUACGAGUUCAUGUCAAAUGGGAGUUUAGAUUUCCAUCUAUUCAGAGGUAAAAACUCAUUGACUUGGGUGGCAAGGUACAACAUAGCUCGAGGCUUGGUCUCUGCAUUGCUUUACCUGCACGAAGAGUGGGAACAAUGUGUGUUGCAUAGGGAUAUUAAAUCGAGUAAUGUGAUGUUGGAUUCAAAUUUCAAUGCUAAGCUGGGUGAUUUUGGGUUAGCUAGGCUAGUGGACCAUGAAAAAGGGUCACAAACUACAAUUGUGGCUGGAACUUUAGGCUAUUUGGCCCCUGAAUGUUUCACAACCAGCAGGGCUAGCAGGGAGUCCGAUGUCUACAGUUUUGGUGUUGUAAUGUUGGAGAUAGCUUGUGGAAGAAAACCCAUUGAUCCUAAUGUCGGAGAUGGUGAUCAUCAAAUUGGAUUGGUGGAGUGGGUUUGGAAGCUCUAUGGAAUGGAAAAGGUUGUGGAAGCGGCCGAUCCUAGACUUUGUGGGGAAUUCAAUGAGCAACAAAUGGAAAGAUUGAUGAUUGUUGGGCUUUGGUGUGCUCACCCGGAUCACAAUCUGAGACCUUCAAUUAAGCAAGCCAUGCAUGUACUUGACUUUGAAGCUCCAUUGCCUGCUCUGCCAUUAGAGAUGCCAUUGCCAACUUAUUUGCCUCCUUCAGCUCCACGGUCUAAUUAUGGCAGCUCUUCUGCUUCUAACCAUACCCAAACCGAGUCUUCAACCGAUAAUAACACUCACUUUACCCGUUCCUCACAAUUUUCUUCAUCGUUUAGCCACUAGCCAAGUCAAUGUCUUGGUGUGGAAUUUGAUGCUUUUUGAUUCCAAAUAGCUAGUUUGUAGACUUUAAUCUAUUUUUUUGUUUCUGCUUGCAACUCUCUUGGCCGUAAAUUUCCAUUUCAUUUUGUUGGCUUCUAAUUCUUUUCAUGUUUUAUUAUUAUUUUUUUUAAUGGCCAAUUUUUGUUAUUAUAUUUUUAAUGCUAGAUUGUGGUUGUGCUAUAAAAAGCUAUACUAUUUGAUUUUGGCAACUAUGUCAAAUGCUAGAUUGUGGUUGUGCUAUAAAAAGCUAUACUAUUUGAUUUUGGCAACUAUGUCAACCCAAAGAGAGCCAUGUAUAGAUUCUCUGUUUCCUUUUUUA